UUGACAGUCGAGACAAAAAUAUUUUCCUCGGCAAAACCUUUAGUUUAUGUUUAUAAAAAACAACAUUUCUAACUUAUAAUGAACAAGUUAACCUCAUACACGAUUAAAGAAAUACACAAAGGGUUUCAAAAUAAAUUGCUGACACCGACAAGCUUCGUAGAUUUGUGUAUACAGAGAGCAAAACAGAAAAGUGAAUUAAAUGCUUUUAUAACUCUAACAGAGGAAAUAGCUGAAAACCAUGCGAUCGAGAGUGAAAAACGGACGUACAUAGAUAAGAAAAUGAGGCCCUUAGAAGGGAUAACGAUCGCAAUUAAAGAUAAUUUUUGCACGAAAAAUAUACCCACAACCUGUGCUUCAAAUAUGCUGAAAAACUUCGUGCCAACUUACGACGCGACUGUCUACUCGCGACUUAUCAAUUCUGGCGCUUGUCUUGUCGGAAAAUCGAAUUUAGACGAAUUUGCAAUGGGUUCUGGUACUGUGGACUCCAUUUUUGGGCCAACACGUAAUCCAUGGUUUUCCAGUGAAGAUUGGAAGAUAUCUGGAGGCAGUUCCGGAGGCAGUGCAGUCAGUGUGAGCUCAGGAUCUUGUGUAGCAGCUAUUGGUUCUGAUACAGGAGGUUCAACUCGAAACCCAGCUGCUCUAUGUGGAGUCAUUGGACUUAAACCUACUUACGGACUUGUUUCUCGCUAUGGACUAAUACCUUUAGUCAAUUCCAUGGAUGUACCGGGUAUAUUAGCCAGAAAUAUUGAUGACACAACAAAAAUUCUAAACUGUGUUGCUGGACCGGAUACCUUGGAUGCUACAACAGUAAAAAAACCAUUCAAACCUAUCAACAUAACAGAUAUUGAUUUAUCACAAAUUAAAAUAGGUAUACCUGUAGAAUACCAUUGUGAAGGCAUGAGUACGGAGGUCAUCGGCCUAUGGAGGCACAUAGCAGAUUUACUAGAAAAUGAGAAAUGUCAGAUUCAAUCAGUUACUUUACCACACACUUCUGUAUCAAUAGCUGCAUAUUCCAUUUUAAACCAAUGCGAGGUAGCCAGUAAUAUGGCAAGGUAUGAUGGCUUAGAAUUUGGACUACGGACUUCUGAAGAUUAUUCAACAGAAGAGCUGUAUGCUUCAACACGCUGCAUAGGCUUCAAUAAUGUUGUACGAUCAAGAAUUUUUGCUGGCAACUACUUUUUGUUAACUAGAAAUUAUGAAAAAUACUUUCUUAAGGCUCUUAGAUUACGUAGACUUAUAUCUGAUGAUUUUAAUAAGGUUUUUAACGGGCCAAACUCAGUUGAUCUACUUUUAACACCAACUACUUUAACAGAUGCUCCGACAUUCAAUGAUUUCACGUCUAAACACAACAGGGAUCAGUGCGCUUUGCAAGACUACUGCACACAGCCAGCCAACAUGGCAGGGAUUCCUGCAGUUUCUGUUCCCAUUAGAGUGUCUACUAAUAAUAUGCCAUUGUCUUUACAAUUGAUGGGACCAGCUUUUUCAGAACAGGUUUUAUUGAAUGUAGCCAAAAGGAUUGAGGAUUUAGUUCAGUUUCCUAGUCUCAAAAUGGAAUAAAUUUUAAGUUUUUUUAAUAGAUAAGCUUAGUUUGUUCUGUGUAAGUUUUAA